AUGUCGGUACAUAGCUCACUCUCGAGCCUUUGUCGGCAAAUUCCACGGCAGAAUGUCCUCCGGUCGUCGAAAGUCUUCUGCGCCUACAAUGGCCAGCAGAAGUCAUCCAUGGCCACCGCGGCCCCGCCGGUAACGCAAAACUCGCAGGGGGCCAAAGGUCCUACAGCUAUGGUUUUUAUGAACAUGGGCGGCCCAUCGACGACGGAUGAAGUGGGCGAUUUUCUGAGUCGUUUAUUCGCAGAUGCCGAUUUGAUUCCUCUGGGAAGAUUACAGUCAUACCUGGGGCCAUUGAUAUCGCGCAGGAGGACGCCGAAGAUUCAGAAACAAUACGCAGCCAUUGGUGGAGGUUCCCCAAUUCGCAAGUGGUCCGAGUAUCAAUGCACUGAGAUGUGCAAGAUAUUAGACAAAAUCUCACCUGAGACGGCCCCUCAUAAACCCUAUGUUGCCUUCAGAUACGCCAAUCCGUUGACGGAACAUAUGUAUGCUCAACUCCUGGCAGAUGGAUUCGGUGGUGGCAAGGGAGGAAGAGCAGUGGCAUUUACACAAUACCCCCAGUAUAGUUGUUCAACCACUGGAAGCUCUUUGAACGAGUUAUGGAAAUGGCGAAACCGACUUGAGGGUCCCAGAGGGACAGGCGAGGCGGCUCCCACCGGAGCCAUUACCUGGAGUGUGAUUGAUCGAUGGCCUACACACUCUGGAUUGGUGGAAGCAUUUGCGCAAAAUAUCGAAGCGAAACUGGCAGAAUACCCAGAAGACCGCCGAAAAGAUGUCGUCCUCCUGUUCUCGGCACAUAGCUUGCCCAUGAGUGUGGUAAAUCGAGGAGAUACCUAUCCCGCCGAAGUUGCAGCAACUGUGUAUGCUGUCAUGAACCGACUGAAGUUUUCCAACCCCUACCGACUCACCUGGCAAUCGCAGGUUGGACCGUCUGCGUGGCUGGGAGCACAGACAAGUGAUACAGUAAAGGAGUACGUUGCUCGGGGUCAGACCGACUUGGUCCUGGUCCCUAUCGCUUUCACAAGUGACCAUAUUGAGACACUGUACGAGAUAGAUCAAGAAGUGAUGGAGGAAGAUGCACAUAAUAACCCAGGUGUGAAACGAGCAGAGAGUUUGAACGGUAGCCCGGUCUUUAUCGAGGCACUUGCCGACAUUGCAAAAGAACAUCUACAAAGUGGUGUGAGCUGCUCUCGACAGAUGGGCUUGCGAUGCCAGGGAUGCAAGAGUGAGCGAUGUUUGGAGCAGAAGAAGUUCUUUGCAGGAGAGCAAGCGAAGAUCCUGCCUACGGUUCGGUAG